AUGGCCAGGAGCUCAGAUUUUUGUGUACAAAUCUGGGUUAAGAUGCAUUCAUAUUUUGUGAGGCUAUGUCAGCAGCUCCAGAAUUUCUGGAGUUUCUGGAAUGUCACCGUUAAGAGCUAUUUUGUUAAGAAGGAAGAAGAAGAAGAAGAACAAGUCUCUUCAGCUGACAGUAUUUUUCACAAAGAAAAAUUUGUGGCACUUGGCCAUAUGUUGACGGAUACAUCUCUGCCCCUUGAAAAGAGGGCUGAAGCUGCCAGGCAAAUUGGACUGUUGGCCUUCACAGGAGGACCAACUGCUGGAAAAUUUGCCACUGAGUACAUGAAAGAAGUAGCUUACUUGCUGCAAUAUGAGGAAAUGGCACCAAAAUUAAAGAUCCUGCUGAUCCAGAGUGUAGCCUGUUGGUGUUACUUAAACCCUGUAAGCCAGAAAAAAGCCAAGCAUAUGCAAUUUAUUCCUAUUUUCAUCAGUUUUUUUGAAAAAAGCUCCGACUCUUCUAUCACAAAUGAAAAUGAAGUCCUCGUUAAAUUUUGGGCUUGUUAUGCUCUCUCUGCCAUGACAUGCAAUAACUCAUCUGUUGUGAGGGAGCUUAGAGAGUACCAUAAUCUAAAACAUCAUUUGCACGAGUUGGCUGGUUAUUGUUGGCGUGGAUGGUCUGAGAAUUUUGCAGAGGUGCUGUAUUUCCUAAUUGGUUUUCACAAGCAUUAG